CACAGAGUUUAGAUUUAGUUGUCAAGCAUAGAGUCAGUCAAAUAAUUUGUAUUGAAGAGAAGGAACCAAGAUGCCGCCCCCGAGUGGUUCACGGCGUGUCUUUGGACAGGCCAUGGGCAAGUCCAAGCAGCGGUCGAGCUACCAGCGUCAGUUUGGAGGUGGCAAUCGCUACAACCAAUCUUCUGGUGAUAACGCUAGCAACAAUAGCAAUGACAAAGACAAGGAGGCAGCCAAAAUGGCGGCCAGACGGCGCCUGCGGCAACAAAAGGCCGAGCAGAUUGACGUCCAGUUUGGAUACGAAGCAUUUGAAUUCCAAAACACAAACGACGCGGAAAGCACAGACAGCAGACAAAAGAGAGGAUGGCUCUUUAACAUGAUACCCACAACGAAAACAGUAUCGUCUGGAGAUGCCCGUACUGGGGUUGGAUCGUCUCCCGAACGGGCUGGACUGGACCUCUUCUUUUGGACUCCCGCCGGAAAGAAAUUCAAAACCACCAUUCUCUAUCGACCCUACUUUUUUGUCAUGCCCAACUUUGGACAACUCGAAUACUUGGCGGACAAUAACGCAUUCUCCAUGGAUACCGCCUUGGAACUAUUGGUCACGUCGCUGCUGCGCAAAUACGAGGGGAUGCUCUACAAUGUACAAGUCGUCUACAAGAUUGAUCUCGACCAACCCAAUCACUUGUCACCGUCCAAAAAGCAAGGACGACCCAUGCUCAAACUCAUGUUUGACAAUGUCACACAGCUCAUGGAUGUACGACAACAGCUACGAGGAAUUAUUGAAAAGAAUAAAACGAGAGAUCGAACCUAUACCUUUCAAGAUACCACAACCAACAACAACAAUGCACUCGAUGUCGUUCACAAAGAUCCAUUCUCCUGUCUGGUGGAUAUACGAGAGUACGAUGUCCCCUACGUCGUUCGCGUCUGCACCGAUCUGGAUAUCCGUGUAGGAACUUGGUAUACAGUCACUGUCGCAUUGGAUGAAACGGGCCAUGAGGAAAACUAUGUUCCACAACAGCAGCAACAACAACAGGACAAUCAGGCUUCGUCGCUGAUACUCAAUGCCAAAGAUCUCAAACCCAACACGGGUGGUGUCACCCUCUCCAAUCCGGACUGUGAAACCAAAGCCGAUCCAACCUUUCUCGCAUUUGAUAUCGAAUGUACCAAGGCACCCCUCAAAUUUCCAUCCUCCGAAGUCGACGAAAUAUUCAUGAUCUCCUACAUGGUCACCAUGCCCAAAGGACCACCCCAGGGAUACUUGAUUGUAUCGCGCAGUGUCGUGUCGGAGGACGUUCACGACUUUGAGUACACGCCCAUGCCAAAAUAUCCCGGGCCCUUUCAGAUCUUUAAUGAAACCGACGAACGCGCGUUGCUGCGACGAUUCUUUGACGAAUACAAGCGUCAUGCUCCGCAAAUUGUUGUCACAUAUAAUGGUGACUUUUUCGAUUGGCCCUUUGUCCAAGCCCGCGCAGAGAAAUAUGGCAUGGACAUGUUCCACGAGGUGGGAGUGGAACUGCGUGGCGAAGAAUAUCGCGGCAGAUGCUCGGUGCAUUUGGAUGCCUUUCACUGGGUGCAGCGCGACUCGUACUUGCCUCAGGGAGCGCAGGGAUUAAAGGCCGUGACCAAAUACAAACUCGGAUACGAUCCCGUCGAAGUGGAUCCGGAAGAUAUGGUCCGAUUUGCCCAAGAACGACCCGUCCACAUGGCGUCCUACUCAGUGUCCGAUGCUGUGGCCACAUAUUACUUGUACGAAAAGUACGUUCACUUGUUCAUCUUUUCUCUCUGUACCAUUAUCCCCAUGGGACCGGAAGAUGUCUUGCGCAAGGGGUCGGGGACGCUAUGUGAAACCUUGCUCAUGGUACAGGCCUGUCAAAAAGAGAUUAUCUGCCCCAAUAAACAGAUUGACCCCUUGGCCAAGUUUCACAAUGGACACUUGCUGGAAAGCGAAACCUACAUUGGAGGCAAGGUGGAGUGUCUGGAAACGGGAGUCUAUCGAAGUGACAUUGAAUACGACUUUGAUUUGAAACCAACAGCGUUUCAGCAACUGAUUGACAACAUUGACCGGGACCUGAACUUUGCAAUUGAAGUGGAAUGUGGCAUGGAACAGAAGGAUGUUGUCAACUAUGAUCAGAUUCGGAGUCAGAUUGUGGAGGAGUUGGAACUGCUCAGAGAUAGACCCAAGAGAGUCGAGAAACCUUACGUCUAUCACUUGGACGUUGGUGCGAUGUACCCCAACAUUAUUUUGACCAAUCGUCUGCAGCCGAGUGCCAUGGUCAAUGAUGCCGACUGUGCGGCGUGUGACUUUAACCAGGCCAAGAAUGCAUGCAAGCGGCGAAUGGAAUGGGUCUGGCGCGGGGACUACAACCCCGCAACCAAGUCCGAAUACGACAGAACCAAAGACCAGCUUUCCGGGGAACUGCAGGAUGGUGUUCAAUUCCACCAACUUGAAGACAAGGAACAAGCUUCUCUCGUUUCGACCCGCUUGAAGAGCUAUGCUCGCAUGGCCUACAAAAAGACCAAGGUAACAGAAGAGGUAACCCGAAACGACGUGGUGUGCCAGCGUGAAAACGACUUUUAUGUUGAGACAGUCCGCCGAUUCCGAGACAGACGUUACGAACUCAAGAAACUCACGAAGACAUGGAAGAAGAAGAUUGGAGGCGCCAAUGAUGCAGCUGCGAGGAAAGAAGCUGAAGAUCGAACGCUUGUUUACGACUCCUUGCAAGUGGCCCACAAGUGCAUCUUGAACAGUUUCUAUGGCUACGUGAUGCGCAAGGGAGCAAGGUGGCGUUCCAUGGAGAUGGCUGGCAUCGUGACCAAGACAGGUGCAGAUCUCAUCACCCAGGCCCGAAUCUUGGUCGAACAGAUCGGUCGCCCUUUGGAGCUGGACACAGACGGUAUCUGGUGCAUCCUGCCAAAGAGCUUUCCUGAUGUAUACACUUUCAAGCUCAAGGAUGGCUCCAAAAUCAAACUAGAGUAUCCAUGUGUCAUGCUCAACGCUGAUGUCCAUGCCAACUUUACAAAUCACCAGUACCAAACCAUCAAAGAUGCCGAUAGAGGUACAUACGAGACAAAGAACGAAUGCUCCAUUUUCUUUGAAGUAGAUGGCCCCUACCGUUGCAUGGUCCUCCCAGCUAGCACUGAAGAGGGAAAGCUCUUGAAGAAGCGAUACGCCGUAUUCAACUUUGAUGGUUCCUUGGCAGAACUGAAAGGCUUUGAAUUGAAACGCAGGGGAGAGCUGGAGCUGAUCAAGACGUUCCAGUCCCAAGUCUUUGAACGAUUCCUGGAUGGUGGUUCGCUGGAAGAGUGCUACGCAAGUGUUGCCGACAUCGCCAACCACUGGAUUGACGUGAUUGAUACGCAAGGGGAGAGUCUAGACAAUGAGGAAGUCAUUGACUUGAUCAGUGAGAAUAGGAGCAUGAGUCGUCAGCUCGAAGAUUAUGGUGAUCAGAAAGGAACCUCGCAAACCACAGCACGCCGCCUUGGGGAGUUUUUGGGCUCCGAAACUAUCAAGGACAAAGGUCUGAACUGCAAGUUCAUCAUCGCCGAGCAACCCUACGGAGCUCCGGUCACAGAGCGUGCAAUCCCAACCGCUAUCUGGAAGGCGGAACCGGCAGUGAUGAAGCACUACUUGAGAAAGUGGCUGAAGGCUCCUGGGAUGGAAGGCGACGCAUUUGACAUUCGGAAUGUCUUGGACUGGGAUUACUACCUGGAUCGGUUGGGGAAAACAAUUCAGAAGAUUAUUACUAUUCCAGCAGCCUUGCAAAAGAUUGAAAAUCCAGUUCCUCGUGUCCCCCAUCCAGCGUGGCUGGAAAAGAAAGUCAGCCAGCUGAACGAUCGGUUCAAGCAAAAGACAAUCACUUCCAUGUUCAAGCCUCUUCCCAAAGCAGACAAGAAAGCGAGGCAAUCAGUGGACAUCGAAGACAUUGGAGCCGAAGAUAAAGGCGGAUCCAAACGCCCUGUUGUCCACUCGAGAAGACGUGCCAACGCGGCCGCGAAGCGAGGCGACGCAGCGACGGAGAGAGAUGGAGGUUCAGCAUCCAAAGAAGGCACUUCGAAAACUCCUCGUGUGGAUCUGUCCAAGGAGAAGUCCAAAGAGAAUUUUGACCAGUGGUUGAAACAGAAAAAAGGUCUCUGGCGAAAAAAGCGAAAAGAACGAAAGUGGCACCGCAAUGCAAUCCACAGCAAAACGUCUAUUGGGCCCGAGCCUGGUUCGAAGAGGCGCAAAACUGCCAGCAUGGAAGGCUUCGUCCGAGAUGCAGCAAGGACUCUUUCACAAAGUGAGUGGCAAGUCAUUGAGGUUCAUCCUAUGACCAGUUACGACUCCCGAUCAGGUUCAAGAUCCUCUGGCGAGAUGGUGAUGUGGGUGAUGGUCGGUACCGAUUCGCUUCAGAAGAUAAGAUUGUCGAUCCCUCGAACAGUAUACGUAUCUUCGCGCUACGUGUUGGAGUCCACCUCUUCUGACAUCACGAACUUCAAGAAGGUCGAGAAGAUUCUUCCUCACGGUAAAACGGCUCCACACGUCUAUGAAGUUGUCAUGCCAGAGUACAUCUUCCAAGAUCAAAAGUGGACUGAAUGGUUGGUACCUGUUGACAAGAACGUGAACAAGGGAAACUGUUUGGAUCAGAUCUUUGAAACUGGCGUUCCCCUGCUGAACCGGGCCCUGAAUGAUAUCGGUUGUGUAUCAAAGGUGAAUUCUGCGUCGAGAUCAAAAAAGGGACAAUCAUACGUUCUCGAGGAUUUGUCGAGGGUUGAAAAGCCUAUCGAUGGGGAGUAUCUGCAUCCUGCCUUGUCAUACAAACGAGUCUUCCUGUACUUGCGAUACAGCUCAAACAUGGAGUUUGGGAUCUUGGGAGUUUUGGUGAUGAAUGGGGGGAGUGGGACCUUUGGGCAAAAUGCUGUUGAGGAAGGGACUACAGCCCCAGAUGUUACGCGUCCAACCCAAACAGGCCCUUCAGGUUUUGACGUCAGUGCAUCGUGUCAUUAUUGGAUUAUCAAACCAAAAGCCAAGAAGGGACCAAAGACUGUUUCGAAAAAGCACUGCAGGGAAAUCUUCUCCGGUCUCCUGGAAACGAUUCACGAGGCAUCCUCGGCAGACAAUGACUAUGCCUGCGUGUCAAAGAGUAGCUCCUGUCAGACAGCGAGUCUCAAUUUUGCGGAUACAGACACUGAAGCUUAUGAGGCUGCCAGUGAAGUCUUGAAUGGGUAUGCAAAGGGCAGCACCGGUCCAACGUUUCUUCUCGUCAAUAGCAACAAGCCAGUGGUCCAGCUAAGACGGCACAUUGCCGCGCUGGGCUCUUUUCCAGUAGUCCCCCUGGCGUUUCCGCCAGGGCCUGCUCAUAAUGCAUCAAUGUCUUCCUUGGCAGCAGUUGGGUGGGAGCAACCGGCAAUCCACAUUUGCCUCGAAGCAUUCCUGUACGCCAACGUUGUCUCAUGGCCCAACAGGGUUUCCUAUGCCCGCUACGGUCAAAUUCCAGUUGGCAACCUCGGGGAAGACGAGAACUUGACCCUGUAUGACGUCUCGCUCUCUCGGUUUGCUCAGAGAAACAGGACUCUGUCGUGGGGGAGUCCUUGUCGAGGCAAGGCAGAUGUUGGGCUCGAUUUUCUGCCGACUGGAAACGGUGGCAUGGUCGUAACAGCUUCUCCCAGUGGGAUGAAUGAAGAUGAAAUUUGGUGCGACGAUGACGAUCUCAUAUCCCCUGUGGUCCGAAGACAAGGUUGUUAUCGGAAUAUUUGUGUGGACAUUGACGUCCACGAUGUUGCAAUUGCGGCCCUGUCAGAUGCUCAAGCUGUGCAGUCGUCUGUCGUUGGUGCUGCUGCGACCUCAAACGAGAGUGGGCUCCCAUCACCCAACAGUGUUGCACAGUUUGAAUCGGGAGGGCCAAAACAGUUCCAAUCCUUUCCGUUGGGUGACGAAAUGUCCACUUCUGUUUCUCUGGCAAUCCUCCGAUCGCUGGUUGGUACAUGGCUCAGAGAUGCCUUUGCUAUGAACAGCGUCGUUGCCGAUGAGGUUCUCCAAUACGUCUAUCGGUUUGUCUCUAACCCCGACGUACUCAUGCAUGAUCCAGCCCUGCAUCGGGUGGUUCAUGCGCUUAUGAAGUCUACCUUUUAUCGCCUUUUGGGCGAGCUUCAGAGGUUGGGUUGCACCAUUGUUCAUGGCACGUUUCACAAGAUCACGGUUGCAACCUCCAAAACCACGUAUACACAGGCUGAGGAGUAUAUCAACUUUGUUAUCAACACGAUCCGAAAUCGAAGCGCUGGUGGUGGCUCUGAGGCCGAAGCGCUUAGUCGUGUGGCCCUGAGACCCCGUCAGUUUCAUUCUCAUCUGCUCUUUCUCGAUGAGUACAACUUUGGAACCAUGCAUCUCGAUGUGCACGAAAAGUCGGAAGAGGGACUGCCUGAGUUUGUGAUCGCCAAUGAGGAGAGAACAGACACUGUGAUUGUGCCUUCAGUUGUGACAGCCUGGAGCCUGAUGAAUUUUGGGUUGGGAAGCGAGUUGGCGCAAGAAUACUUCCGAGUCAUCAUUGGCCGUUUUAGCAAAGAGAUUCUUCGUAAACAGGUGGAACUGCGCCAGAAAGCCGAAGACGAGAGGCAAGCUCUUGCCGGGUACAAGAACAUUGAGGAUCGCCUUAAAACGUACAAGAAGAAAGUCAUCACCAAACACUUUGCUUCUUCCUUGACAAGAGCAGUGGGAGAGAUUCUCAAAGAGGAAAGCACAGAAGACCAGGUUGUUCCUCCUUUUGUUGGCGCAAAGGCGCAAUCCAGGAAUCCUGCACUGGAGUUCAUCAAGAAUGUGAUUGUGGUUCUUGAGCUGGACCCGGAUGUCGAGAAUGAAGUGCAAAUGCUCAAGAGAAGCCUGCUUGCUCAAGUUGGAGUUGCCGAGUACUCGCGGGCUGCACAGUGGGUCAACCCGUGUCCAACAUUCAUGUUGCCCGACUUGUUUUGCUCUGAGUGUCACGACAGCAGAGACGUCAACCUCUGCUACAUUCCACCUACGGAAGAUGACGAAGCAGAGCUUCCAAGGCAAUGGGGAUGUGAAGACUGUGGAACUCCCUACGAUGUGGAUGAGAUAGAGGAGCGUCUUUUGGGUAUUGUCAAUAAGAGGCUGCUGCGAUACCAGCUACAGGACCUGCGCCAUCGGAAGACAAAUCGAGUUGUAACUCGAUGCCUUCCGCUGCUAUCCGAAUGUCAAACUACACUGAAGCUCGACAUCUCCCCAGACGAGGCCAGGGAGGAACUUGACCUAUUGAAGAACCUGGCGGAUUUUCAUAGGUUGGACAACCUCAAAAGCCGUACCGAGUUCUUGCUGAAACAAUCCGGUGCAUAGUUUUGUUUCUUCGGCUGUACUGGUGUCAAAGAUUGCCAGUCUACCGAGCCAAAACUUCGAAAGCAGAGGCUUUUUGGUAACUUAACCCCGCAACGGGCACAAUGCCGCAGCACAGACUAGGAACUACUAAUAUAGUUAGAAUAUGUUGCGUUUGCAUGUUAUCGAUGAAU